AUGGCUUCAUCCGCAUGGUUACUCAUUCCAAUUUUGACUAAAGGAACUCAAGAUAAACAGCUACCAUUUGCCGCAUGGUAUCCCUAUGACAGUACGAUCUCGCCUCUGUACGAAUUUACCUACAUUUAUCAAUGUGUCGCCACACUUUACCUCGUCACAACUAUGUGUGAUAAUUUGUGUGAUGAUCUUAAAAAUCUUCACCAUGACCUGUAUAAUGUUGAUGUCAAUCAAAGGGUCAUUGCUUGCGUCAAGCACCACCAAGCUAUCUUGAGUUCAGCUGUGGACAGUAAUAAAUUUUUCGAUAAGACUAUUUUAGGUCAGUUAGUCACUACAACGGUUACUUUUGCAGUAAAUAUGUUACAGUUGUCUUUGGUCGUUAAUUUAGGUCGUGAAGGUGUAAAGAGUGUUUUUAACGUCAUGGCAGUGAUCACACAGAUUUUUAUUUACUGCUGGUUCGGAGAGGAAGUUCAGGUUAAGAGCAGUCAGAUCCCAUACUCAGCUUUCGAAUCCGAUUGGACAGGAAUACCAAUAGAAGCCAAAAAGAAUCUUCUCAUCUUCAUCAUGAGAGCCCAGAAGCCCAUCAAAAUGUCGGCGAUCAACCUGUUCUCACUAUCUCUGGCCACCUUCACAACGAUUUUGCGAACGUCUUGGUCGUACUUCGCUGUUCUGCGUCAAGUAAACGCUCAAGAAUAACCAAACUAACUUUUAAUUUACACAUAGAGUCACAAUUGACGCU